GUCUCAAAGCGUCGUCGUCGUCGGUAAGAUCGAUCGUUCGCUCGCUUGUCGUUGUCGUCGUUUGUUGCGCUCUAACGGUUUCCAAGCGCCCAUUCUACGCAUUUUUCUCGGCUAAUACACUAAGGAAUUAUCGCGCUAAUAAUAAUACAACAUAAUAUAAAAACAGAUACAAGAUUUUGUGAAGCCACUACCAAUUAAGAAGAAAACAACAAAUCAGCAAACAUGUAUGUGCCAUUAUAGAAAGCAGUAGAUUUUAUGGAGCAGUAUCAUAGCAAAUAAGUAACGUCUGGAACUAGAAACAUAUAUGUAUGUAUAUAUAUACAUAUACAUGUAUAUAUAUGUAUAUAUGGACAAUAGACAAAUGAUAUAAACACAGUCUUAGAGCACAGCGCAUAGAAUUAAAGACGACGCCUUUUUUGGGAACUUCAUAUAACUAUAUAAAGCAACUCAAAACCACCUACACACACUCACACUCACACACACAUAUAUAUAUACACAAUGGGCAAAGAUUACUAUAAGACUUUAGGCAUAACUAAAACUGCCACCGAUGAUGAGGUUAAAAAGGCCUACAGAAAACUGGCGCUUCGCUAUCAUCCGGAUAAAAACAAAGCAGCCAAUGCCGAGGAGAAAUUCAAAGAGGUCGCCGAGGCGUACGAGGUGCUCUCGGAUAAAAACAAGCGUGAGGUGUACGAUAAAUACGGCGAGGAUGGACUGAAAAGUGGCGGUGCUCGUAAUGGCGGUGGCAGUAAAAAUACAUUUACAUAUCAGUUCCAUGGUGAUCCACGGGCCACAUUCACACAGUUCUUUGGCAACAGCAAUCCGUUUGCAUCGUUCUUUGACAUGGGCGACAAUCUGUUCGAUAAGAAUGUCUUCGAUUUGGAUACGGAACCCGAUUUCUUCUCAUCGCCAUUUGGUGGGCUCGGCUCUAGGCAUGGACUAGGUAGCGCCUUCAGAUCACACUCCUUCAAUGUGCACACACCGUUCAAAAAGGAACAGAAACAGGAUCCACCCGUCGAGCAUGAUCUCUAUGUCACCCUGGAGGAAAUCUAUCAUGGCUGUGUUAAGAAAAUGAAAAUCUCACGUCGUGUAGUUCAUGCCGAUGGCAGCUCCAAGAAGGAGGACAAAGUCCUGCAAAUAUCUAUUAAGCCCGGCUGGAAAUCGGGCACCAAAGUCACGUUCCAAAAGGAAGGCGACCAGGCGCCCGGCAAAAUACCAGCGGAUAUUGUGUUCAUCAUACGGGAUAAGCCACAUGCCAUGUUCAAGCGCGAAGGAUGUGAUUUGCGCUAUACGGCGAGGCUAACGCUCAAGCAGGCACUGUGCGGCGUUGUCUUUCAAGUUCCUACAAUGUCCGGCGAUAAACUGCGCAUCAGCACCAUGCAGGAGAUCAUUAAGCCGAACACUGUGAAACGCAUCCAGGGCUAUGGCCUGCCCUUUCCCAAGGAUACCACAAGGAAGGGAGAUCUACUUGUCGCCUUCGAUAUACAAUUUCCGGAGAAAUUGACUGCCGCGCAAAAGGAGGUGCUCAGGGACAUGUUAUGAAGAUAAUUCGGAUGCCGCCUUAACCACGACAACGACUCACUCACCCAAAAAAAAAAACAAACAACAACAAACAACAACAACACAAACAACUCAGCUACACACAGUCUACGUCUUCUUUUAGUUAGUCAUACUAAAAACUGCAAAAAAAAAACAAAAAACACUACGCAAUCAAAUGCUAAAUGUUUUUUUUUUAUUUUUUGCAUCAUUAUUCAUGAGUAUUGAAUGUGUCAUCAUUCAAAUAAUUCGAUUUAUUUCGAUUCGACGCGCAUUUUCAAUUUGUGUUUUUAAAAAUUAAUUUUACAGGAAUUUGUAUCGUCUAAUUUUGCUCAUUGAAACAAACUCCAUUUGGAUAAAAAAAAAUACAAAAAAAAAACAACUCCUCUCCCACCCCAUCAAGUUGCAAUAAUACAUUAGUUGACCAUAGUUAUUAUAUCGUAUAAUUCUUAAUUUAUUUGUCUAAAUUAAAGCUACGUAUAAUAAAAACACACAACAAACAUGUAAAAAAUGAAUCGAUGAAAA